AUAAGCUGACGCGGUACGACCUGUUCGACCUCCGUCAGACAACCCCGCCAUCGACAACCUCCACAAUGCCUCGUUUGAAAACCUUUAUCCAAGUGCUCCUGCUCGCCCUGAUAUCUCCCUGGCUGUACGAACGCUACAUCACGCUCUCCACGCUCGUCACCAACCGGCCCUCCGCGUUCCAGAACCUGAACACCUUCAAGAGCCAUGACGUCCUCUUCCGCGAUGAACUGCGCAACUGCGAAGACGUGAUCGUCGAGAAGAGCCUGGGCAUUGCGUUUAUCAGCUGCGACCCGGGCCGCGACCAGUGGAACACGGUGAUGGGCACCUUUGCACCCGAAAAACCAAACACCGCCGCCGGCAUCUACACCUACGACUACGCGACCCCGUCCCUCUCUCCGACCCAGCGCCUCACCCACCUGCCCAUCGACGAACCAGACCUGCACCCACUCGGCCUCGCCUUCGACGCCGCCUCCUCAACCCUCUACAUCGCGAACCACGCGCGCCACCGCCCGUCGCACAUCCUAAUCCUGCACGUCGACCUCGCCGCGCAGCCCUACACCACGACGCUGAUCGCGCACCUCACACACCCCCUCCUGCACGCCCCCAACGCCAUCCUCUCCCUCGGCGGCGGCGAAUUGCUAGUUACCAACGACCACGCCCUCCGCGCGAGGCGGUCGAAGCUGCUCAGCAGCCUGGAAACCUUCUCGGGCGCUCCGGGCGGGAGCGUGGUGCACAUCGCGACCCGGACACCGCGCACCGCCCGCGUAGUCGCCCGCGUGCCGUUCGCGAACGGGAUCGUCGCGCUGAACGAGAGCGCGGUGGUGGUUGCGUCGUCGGCGCGGGGGGCGCUGUACGUGUUUGCGCGCGAGCGGGACGAGGAAGGGGGGUUCGCGCUAAGGCUGCACAAGACAGUGAGAGUCGGUGCCGCGGUGGAUAACCUCAGCACCGACGGCGAUGUGGUGCUGGCGGCGGGGCAUCCGUGGGCGCUGGGCUUGAUGGGGGUCGCGCGGCGGCGGGCGGGGUGCGUGGUUGACGGGAGUGAGGUGGAGCGGGAGGCGUGUGGGUGCGAGGCAGCGAGUUGGGCGGCGGAGUGGAGCGAGGCGGGGGGACUGCGGGAGGUGUUUCGGGAUGAUGGAAGGGGGUUUUGCAGUAGUAGUUCGAUGGUGAGGGAUGGGGUGCGGGGCGUGGGGAUUGUGAGUGGGCUGUAUGAGAGGGGGAUACUGGUGUUUGAGCCGUAG